CUGGCGGAGUACCUCCGCGCGCUCGUGAAGGCGGACAGCCUGAACGAGUCCGCGCUGCUCAAGGCGCGAGCGCAGGGUGUCCCCGCCGCGGCGCGCGCCAUCACCGGCCAGGCGUCGGACGCGUCCGGAGGCGUCCUCGGGACGGCGCAGUCGCCGGUGUACACGCAACACCUCGAGCCGACGUUUUGGGCGCAGGCGUGGCGGACGAUUCGAACGCUCGGCGUCGCCUUCGUCGUCAUCAGCGGCGUCGGCGCGCUCGUCGGCGACGCCGGUCCGGGCGGCGGCGGCGGCAUCAGCCGCGGGCUUCUCGGCGGCGACGCGGUGAAGCCGUCGACAGAGCGCGGCACCACGUUCGCGGACGUCAAGGGCGUGGACGAGGCCAAGGGGGAGCUCGUCGAGAUCGUCGAGUACCUUCGCGAGCCUUCGAAGUUUACGCGUCUGGGCGGGAAGCUCCCGAAGGGGGUCCUGCUCGUCGGGCCGCCGGGGACGGGGAAGACGAUGCUCGCGCGCGCUGUCGCGGGCGAGGCGGGCGUGCCGUUCUUCUACACGAGCGGGAGCGAGUUCGAGGAGAUGUUCGUCGGCGUCGGCGCGAGACGCGUGCGGGACUUGUUCAAAGCGGCGAAACAAAACGCGCCGUGCAUAAUUUUCAUCGACGAGAUCGACGCCGUCGGGAGCGCGAGGAACCCGAAGGACCAGCAGAACACGCGCAUGACGCUGAACCAGCUCCUUACGGAACUCGAUGGGUUCAAAAAGAACGAGGGCGUCAUCGUCCUCGCCGCGACCAACACCCCAGACAGUCUGGACAAGGCGCUCGUGCGUCCCGGCCGGUUCGAUCGCACCGUCGCGGUUCCCAACCCGGACGUCGACGGCCGCGCGCAGAUCCUUCAGGUCCACGGUGAGGGGAUCAAGAUCUCGAACAUCGUGGACUGGGAGGUGAUCGCGCGCGGAACCCCCGGGUUCAGCGGCGCGGACCUGGCGAACCUGGUGAACAUCGCGGCGUUGAAAGCCGCGCUCGACGGUUUAGCCGAGGUGAGCAUGACGCAGCUCGAGUUCGCGAAGGACCGCAUCCUCAUGGGCGCGGAGCGCAAGUCCGCGGUCGUCGCGGAAGAGAACAGGAGGCUGACCGCGUACCACGAGGGCGGGCACGCGCUCGUCGCGCUGUUCACGGAGGGCGCGCGGCCGAUACACAAGGCGACGAUCGUCCCGAGGGGGCAGUCGCUCGGCAUGGUGAUGCAGCUCCCGGAGAAGGACGAGCUGAACCUCACGAAGAAGCAGCUCCUCGCGAUGUUGGACGUCGCGAUGGCGGGAAGAGUCGCGGAGGAGCUCAUCUUCGGCGCGGACGAGAUCACCACGGGCGCGUCGUCGGAUUUGAGGCAAGCGACGCGGCUGGCGCGCGAGAUGGUGACCAAGUACGGCUUCUCCGACGUCGUCGGGUUGGCGUCCGCGGAGUACGGCGAGUACGGAUUGUCGCAAGACACGCGGACGCGCGUGGAGGACGAGGUGAAGAGGCUGCUGAGCGAGGCGAACGCGCGCGCGACGGCGAUGCUGAAGAAGCACGAGAAGGAGCUGCACGCGCUCGCGAAGACGCUGUUGGAGCGCGAGACGCUCACGGGCGCGGAGUUGAGGCGGUUGAAGGCGAAUAAAAAAUCUGGCGGAUGGGGCACUCGCGCGAAGAGCGAGGAUGGCGAGGACGACUCUCAGAAGUCGUCGAAGUCGUCCGGGUCGUCGUCUGGCGGCGGCGCGGGCGAGAGCGCGAGGGGGGCGGCGGCGGCGGCGGCGGCGGCGGCGGCGGCGGCGAAGGCGGCGGCGACCAAGUCUCGAGCCGCCGCGGGCGCGGCGUGA